AUGGAUCCAAAAGACCAAUACUCAGACUCCGUGUAUUCGGUGUCUCCUGAGUUGAGCCAGCACCAGAAGAGGGCCUCAGACGAUCUGCUUUUGAAGCAGCCAGAAAAACAUAUGUCCUAUCGUGAGUCCUACAGUCUGGAAAUCUCCCAUGGCUCGCUCCACCUUGCUGAAAUAGGCCAAGCUGUGCCCGUGCAUGUUUUCGACGGCAAGGAUGCCCGUGUUCGAAGCAGAACUGAUGCGAGCUUCGACGACGAUAUGUCGCUGAUUUCAGAGAGCCAGGUUCAUUUGGGCCGCCUCAACACUAUCAAGGGACCUACCUCGUCGUUAAUUGUACCCGAGUACACUGUCAACACGGCAGUAGAAAACGUGAUUCCUCCUAGACUGAGAAGAAGACCCGUUAGUGAGAUCAUUAGUCUGAGACCCAAAGAAACCACAAAUCACCAGCACCGAUUUUCACUUAAUAUCAGCGACGAUCUCGACAAGAUCAUGGAGAGUGCCAACGACUUGCAACACAAGGAGGAAGGAGUGGGAAGCUCCAAUGAAUCCCAGGAGUCUGGACCGGAAAGUGCUCCAGAAAGUGUUCCAGAAAAUGUUGUGGGGCAUUCAAGGCUCAACAGCAUGCUUUCCACUGAAAGUUUUGAGACCGCUGGUGAUGGAAGAUCUACCACAUCCUUAACACAUGAGCAUAAAGAAACCACCGUACCAAUGGUACUUCCAAAACGGCCAAAUCCUGACAACUUGGAAAGGGCAAGACAGGCAUCGCAUCAGUUCAGUACUGGAGGAAGCAUUGCUCUGCAAGAAAACACCGUUAGCCAAGAUAUGGACGACCUGGUGAACUCUGUCCAUCCAGGCACACUCAAUGCACUUGUGGGUAACAUAGAUGGAUUUGAGCCCGAUGUAGAGGGAUUGGUUGUCCAAGAAUAUCCCUCUAACAAGUUGGAGGCUGAAGUGGCUACUGCAAGCGGUAAGAGCGACCAAAAUAUUAGGGAUAUCAAUGAAAGAGGAGUCUAUUCAUUGGGCGAAGACAAUGCACCAAACAAUGAUAAGACUCCGACCAAAAUUGAGAGUGACGAUUUUCAGUCUACUACUUUGGGGUCGUCCAAUUCUCCAGGAUCGAAUCUUGGCCAAUCUUCAAAUAUCGGACAAUCUUCCAAUUUGGGCAAGUCCAUUGAUGAACAAGCCCUUCAGACCCCUUCAAAAGAGGCAACAAAGCCCAUGGGGACUAUCACUCCAGGAGUCCACAAUCCAGUCCGUGACUCACUUGCAUUCUCUCUCACUCCAGACCUCAAGGAGCUUGGUCAACCAGUGGAUCUUCGGCACGCUAACUCGCAAAGCUUGCGCACAGAAAAAGAGCUCCCACCACCUCCAGGCACAUUGCUUGCGCAGAGUGAGAUCACUCCAGGCAAAGUUGGAAGCUCUGUCUAUGCUCGCGACACCCCUGGUGAUGAUGGGUUCUACGACAUUGAGGACCCAGUGAUUGUUUCCAAGCCGGUAAGGUCCAAGAGUGUAAAGGAUAGCAUUCAAAACCCCAAACGCAAGACUAGUAAACGUAAGUCUAGUCGCAAAAAGGCCAGAGACGCAUCUAACUUUCAGCUCAAGCCAUUCUCGUAUAAUACCUUGAUUCAUCUUUUGGAGAGUGUAAAUGGCACAGUGAUUGGUGAGGAGUUUGAGAGCUUGAAUUUGCCAAUUCAGGAGAAGCAAAUGAUUGAGAAAAUCGUGGACUCCUUGAGUCGUUUGACUCUGGACAUGGUGAUAGACGAGAACAGAUACGAUGUCGGGAUGGAAAGAUUGGAGAAAGCACAUCGGGUCCUUGAGGGAUUUUUGUAA